AUGAUGAGCAGUAACACCUCUUUACCGGGUGACUUGUCCGAGGUGGGAGAUGUUAAAACCACGGACACACUGAAGCUGCUGGAGGCUCACCGGCCCAUUAAAAUCGGGAUUAUUUUAGUCCUGGGUGUCAUGAUCACUUUGGGGAAUGUGGCUGUGGUGUCGGUGAUCUACUCGGCGGUACCGGGCUGGUCACGGAACUCGCGAUACUUUUUGUUAUCGUUAACCGGUGCGGACUCGGCAUUCGGUUUGAUCGUCAUGCCGCUGAACCUGUGCGUGAGUCUGGUGAAGGACUACAGCGCCGAGCCCGACCCGUUCUGUCACGUGGUGGCCUUUUUUAACGCCACCGUUUACUCCACGUGCAUGUACACGCUGGCCAGCAUCAGCCUGGAACGCUACGUGGCCGUGUUUUACCCGCUGCAGUACUCCUCCAUCCUGACCCGGAGACGCGCCCUGGCGCUCAUCGCCUUCGCCUGGCUCUUCCCUCCGGUCCUCCUGGUGCCCAUCUUGUGCCCGGAAGGAAUCAUAGACGUGUACUUCUCCACGGCAUCCCUAGUGUGCAACCCAUCCUACUCCACCAACGUGACGUACUCUCUGACCCUCACCGGCUUCAUCUUCUUCCCCUGCUCGGCCCUCAUGACCUUCUGUAACCUCAGGCUGUGGGUCGCCGCCAGGAGGCAGCGGAGGAAGUUGAGAAGAUACUGCUCCGGUCGGUGGACCACACCUAACGUGGCUUUGCGUGUCCUCGUGCCCGUCAUGACCGCCUACUACACAUGCUGGACCCCCUGCAUGGUCAUAAUGAUCUACACUGCGCUCUCAGGCAGCGGCGUCCCGGAGUGGGUGGAAUUUGUGGCCGUGUGGUUACCGACCUCCAACGGCUUCCUCAACUGUAUCUUUUACUUUUGGAUUAACCAGAGCUUCAGGAGAAAAUUCCACUUGGUUCUGCAGAGACUGUGUUUCGGAUUUUGUCCCAACACGAAACCCGUACACGAGUCGGUGAUCGCUACUUUAAAUAACAACCUCGUGCACGAGAGGUCUUCCAGCGUGUCGUCCACGUGCACCUUGCUCACGAUCAAUGUCGAGACCUACAUCUGA